GAAGUGGGUGUCAAACCACUGAUCACUUCCUCAUUCAUAGGCAAAUCAUUGUCUUAAUCGGCGGCAUGAAAUACCAGCAGAGUGUUUAUCGCGAAUUUGUAUUGAAUGUGAUUUUUUUUUAAGGAUAUUAGUAACAUAUAGCUUUUGACUUUCUUUGAAAAAUCAAAAGCGCAAAUACGUCGCUUGUGAAAUGGCAAUCUCUAAUCGAUGGAUUAAUGAUGUCUUCUUGUGCCUGCUUCUGCCCCUGUUUGUCUCGGCCUCAGAUAGAACAGCAGACAAUCAUAUCUGUUAUGAUGAUAGUGAUAUCCGGAAAUCUCAAUAUUUGACGUACCAUGGUUGUUAUAACCUGUCUUGCUUUGUGCCGGAAACAAAUUCAAAUGUCAAUGAUAUUGAUCAAUGUACAGACAAAUGUAAAAGCGGAAGCCAUUCCUAUGCAUCUUUGUUUAAUGGAAGUCGGUGUUCCUGUGGAAAAUUCCUCUGUGGUAGAGCUGAUAUGGUUUGUGAUUUUAAAUGUGGACUACCAUGCAAUGCUAGCCCGGUAGAUUUCCAGACAUGCGGUGGAAAAAAAUACAGUCAAGUGUAUGAAAAAACUUUCAGGAGCAAGUCAGACCUUGCUACUAUCUCUACAGUCGUCGUUCUUGUCAUAUUCGGGAUAAUCGUUGCUGGCAUCAUAAAGGUUCGUUGGCAAUGUAUUCUGCAAGUAGUAAGAAACCGUGAACAAGCAGCAAGCCCCGGACCAUCUUCACACGCAGUCAACCAACUAGAAGAUGGCGACUAUGUCGAACUCCGUCCUGUAGGUUCAAGGAACAGAGCAACGUCCGACCCCUUCCUCGAUCUGAAAAUAAAACCGGAAAGAAGCGGAUCGGAUGAAUAUCAUGAGUACGCGGAUGUUAACUAUCCGACUAGAUCCGCGUCCGCGCUUCGGAUCGGGAGAGAUGGAUAUCUGGUACCGGAAUCAUUCUCAUAAACU